CGUAAACCCGGAUGACUACCGGAAGAUUUCUUGUUGUUCCACCGCCAAGGAAAUGUGGGACAAGCUAGAAAUCACAUAUGAAGGUACAGAUUAAGUCCGAGAAGCUAAGAUAGAUUUUCUAACCCAUGAGUAUGAACUAUUUCGUAUGAAGGAGAACGAGAAAAUCGACGAUAUGUUUGAACGAUUUUCAAAAAUCGUAAACGAUCUUCAUGCUCUCAAGAAGACAUACACGGACAAGGAGCUUGUGAGAAAAAUCCUGCGGAGUCUCACACCGGAAUGGCGCUCCAAAGCCGAUGCUAUCCAAGAAUCCAUCAGCAUCACCAAUGUCACCAUUGAUGGGCUUAGAGGUAACCUCAAAACCUAUGAGUCUACCAUUCUUUACUCCUCUUUAGGUGAACAAAAGAAGAAUGGAAUUGCACUCAAGGCGUGCACAAGUCAAGAACAUGAUGUGGAGGACUCGAGUGACAAAGACGAGUUCGGGGUCGUGCUUAAGAAAUUCCAUAAGUUCAUGCGCAAGGAGUUUGAACGAAAAGGAAAGAAGCAAGGAGAACCACCCAAAUGCUAUGGGUGUGGAGAAGUUGGGCAUAUAAAACCAAAAUGCCCAAAUGCCAAGAAUGAGAAGAAACCAUUCAAGAAGCACCGAGCUUACAUCUCGUGGGGAGGUGACUCCGGCGACGAAUCAUCAGAAGGAGGUCAAAGAAAACGAUCUCGCACCGGGAAGAACGUCGCUUCCUCCUCGGCUCCUCCUCCACCACCGGCGCAUAAGUACCUCGAUGGGUCAUUCCUUUUGUUCAACGACCGCGCAGAGGCGACGCGGUUCUCAGAGAAGUUUGAGCACCAGGAAAUUCUUCCUCCCCGGUUCUCCACCGCCCGCUUCAUUCAUGAUUUCAUCCCAUGCGAGGCACAAAUUAUCCUCGAGCGUGGAAAUUUCCUCGAUCUCCUCUAUAUCAAGAAGCAUCAUUAUCAACCUUUUCUUGUUCGAGCUUUCUACUCGAACUUGAAAAAGGAUGAGGACGGAGCGUUGAUUUCUAACGUCAACGGGGUGGACAUCUAUUUGAAUGAGGAAAACGUUCAAAUUCUCACAGGGCUUCGUCGGAACGGACAAGAUCUCGGCCUCUAUGUCGUCGGAGAAGAAGGAGCGCAGUUCAACGACACUGCACUCUUGGAGGAAGUGGGCAUCAGAAACUUCGUCGCCACUCCCCAACAGCGGCGCCCUACGAUUACUUCCAUGAGUCCCGUGUUUCGCUUCAUUUUUUAUGUUUUGACACGGAUUCUCAAGCUAAGGAAGUUCAAUCACACCGCUCUCUCCCAAGAGGACACGAAGACGCUUCAUGCGAUGAUUCACAACGCCAAUAUCAAUUGGUGUAAGUUUGUGAUGUCUCACAUGUUCAAUGCCACCUCCGACAACCGGCCGCUUCCCUAUGCUCUUCUCGUCAUGGCGAUCCUUCAUGAGUUCCACAUCAAUACGGACGUUGGGCCAAAAUGCAAAGGGACGAAGCAUUGGGAGAUUGAUGAAUCCUCCUUCCACUCAGGCACUAACGAAACUCCGUUUCGACAGCCUCGUCCACGCCGCCAACCAAGGGCCACCGAUUCGACCAACCCUUCUCUCGCCGAGCAAAUGGCCGCCUUGACCGCCACUCUCUCUCGGAUUGACACCAACGUCUCCCAAACGGCCCAAAAUGUCAAUAUUUUGAGCCGUGAGCUUCACGGGUAUUUUGACUUUGUCAACUACCCCUAUGCUCAAAUGGUCCCUUAUGUUCCUCCGCCAAACCUCGGUGGUGAUCCAAGCGGGACUAACAACGUUGGUGGAGAAGAAGAGGCGAACGAUGAGGAAGAAGAGGAAGAGGAAGCCGAAGAAGAAGAAGAAGAAGAAGAUGAUGAUGAUGAUGAGGAAGAGGAAGACAUCGACGAAGAACAACUCCUCGAUGAUCUUUCACCGGAUUUCUAGAGCUCUAGCUCUUUUCUCUUCUCUUCUUUAAUUAUUAUGCAUUUUAAAUUUGCUUCCGUUGUGUACUUCGCUAUUUCCCUUAUUUAAUGAAUAAAAAUCUUUAUGGUUU